AUGAAAUCAUCACGCAUUCGUUUUGCCACAGGUUCUCUUCCUUCUGUCCUCUCCUCGACACAAGGAUUGGCUCCGAUCAUUGAACAAAGUUUAGCAAAGAUCAAAAUUGAUGAAUUAUUUCAUUAUGGAUCUCCGAAGGGAGAAGAGUCCUUGUGUCAAGCAAUUGCAAAUUUGUACAAUAGAACAGUGAGAAGAGAGAAUGUUGCAACAGAGAAGUCUACUCAACACAAAGAUGAUACCAUGAUCCAUUCAGAACAUGUCCAUAUUACUUCUUCUGCUCAACAAGCUCUCAAUAUUGUAUUUUCGGCAUUGUUUAACCAUUCAAUGUCCAGUGCUCACGAACAGUCAGCUGAAACCAUUCUUUUUCUUCAGCAGCCAUGCUUUUUUGGGACUGUUCGAUUGGUGAAAAAGUUUUGUCUUUCUGGAAAUCGAGUGAGCAACAAUGAAAAACAAAAAGUCAAUUCUGUGACGGUCGAUAGCUUUGAAACUGUGGAAGAACUUAUUCGAAAAUUAACUAGAAUUCCAAUUGUCAAUGUGACAACCAGUAGUCAGCAGUCAUCCACGACAAACUCUGGCUUGUCACAAAAGCGCCCAAGAAUUGUUAUUUAUUUAUGUUCCAAUUAUCAAGCCUAUAACGGUUCACGUAUUUCUGAUGCUGAAAAACAAUUACUCUCGCUCCUUGUCAAGUCAAGAAGUGACGAUUUUGAAUUUAUUGUCAUUGAAGAUAACCCCUAUGACUUCUUAUACCUGAACGGAAACGAAAGGCCACUAACCUUGUUUGAAAUGAUGCCAAAUCACACCAUAUUGAUUGGAGGGUUUUCAAAAAUUCUUGCUCCAGGAAUUCGCACUGGUUAUAUCAUUAUGAACGAUCCAUCACAUCAACAUGACAAGUCGAACGAUCGACAUUCUUUGAAAGGUCUCAUUCACAGAGAGAAGCUGGAUCAGGAUUUAUUUACUUCAACCUUAUGUCAACAAGUAUGUGCAGCAGCAAUUUCAGAAGAGAGCAACACCUAUCUACAUUCAUGGCGUAGAGUUGUGAAAGAGAGAAGAGACAUUACACUGAAAUAUUUGAACGAAAUUUUUAAUGAUGUAAAAGAUCAAGUCGAAUGGACUCAAGCAGAUUGUGGAAUUUUCAUUUAUGUGAGAUUCAAGAAUGCCUCAAAGAGCAUACGGUCUGAAAACCAAACACUACCAGAGAAUGAAAAAAGCAAAACAGAAGCUUCAGACGACAUUUCUCAAUUGCUAAAAAUUGCCUCCUCCAAAUACCAACUGGAUUUAGAACCAAGUUGUUAUACUUACCUAGAUGGAAAAUCUCGUUUGGAAACUCGUCUAAAUUUUGUUCUACCAGAAACCAUUGAUGUAUUGAGGGAGGGUAUUUCACGAUUGAGACAAGCCUACAAUGACUGGAUGAACAAAUCGAGUAGCGCUCCAUCGAAACACGCAUUGAACAACAAGUCAUUGAAAAUUAUUAUUACAUCUGGAGGAACAGCAGUGCCUAUUGACACUGUUCGGUACAUUAGUAAUUGCUCCAUGGGCACUACAGGUGCACAAAUUGCGAACGAAUGCCUCAACAGAGGUCAUGUGGUUCAUUUUCUACACAGCAAAGCAUCGCGUCUGCCAAAUGAAUUCGAUUCAAUGUACAAAUCCAAUCUUCACAAAUAUUCCUAUUUCACCUUUGACGAAUAUCAUGAACAAUUGAAAAAUCUUGUCACUACAACACAGCCUGAUGUUGUCAUUUUAUCUGCAGCUGUGAGUGACUAUGGAGUAGAGAACAAACACAAUGACAAAAUGAGCUCCGAUCUCGACACUCAAACACUCACAUUGAUCAAGUUACCAAAAAUAAUUUCACUUGUUAAAAAGUGGAACCAAAAGUCUUUUUAG